AUGCCUUCGAAGGAGGGUGGUUCAGGAGCGGGACAAGGUCGAGUGCUCGAAAAGGACAAGGCGAGCUUCCUGCAGGAACUGCUGCUGUUCCACGACCGGAAUGGUAUGGGAGGUUGGAAUGUGGAUUCGCACUGGUUGUAUUGUGUGGUGGUGGCCCGGGAUUGGUGGUUGAAGGUCAAUUCGCAUGAGGACUGGGGCGAGAUCAUCGAGGAGAUGGCGCUGCCGAAGUGUUGCGUGCACAACGAGAUUGCGUUGAAGAAGAUUAACUUCCGGUUUUUGGACAAGUACGCAAAAGUUUAUUUUCACGAUGGGCCUCCGACGAAGAGGAGGACGACGAAAAGCUACAUAAUCGGAGGUGGUCAGCGCAGAUGUUGCACUCGGUGCCGGCGGUUUACAGCACCGCAACUUCCCGCCCACAAACACUCACGUCGCGACGGCGCAGCUUCAGCCGAAUGAAUCUGGACAGUGAGCCAAAAAAAAA